CAGUUAUUGCAAAUAGCUACCUUGGUGGUCAGCCCAGCAACACGAGAUGGCUGAGGUGACACUGAAAGGGUGAGGUGGAGGAGAGAAAAUGAGCAGGGGUGUACAGCACAUAAUCUUUCCCCCUGUGACUGGGCCAGCAGUCCACUUCUCUGCUGGGACCGUGUCCAUAUCUGCUGUCAGUCUGCCAGUCUGCCAGACAUUCAUGGCCUCCCUUCUGCCCAAGGAGGUCUAUAUAGCUGGAAAAGAACUCCAUGCUAGUACUAAAGAUGCAAGAAAGUGAGAGAAGGGAGAACCUCAUUCAUUUUAAUUCCUGUGGACUUAGCCCCCUGAAUGUCAAGAUUUUCUCCUCCCCAAAAACCGAGGCAGUUUCUGCUUUCUGAAGACAUUCUUCUGUUGUAUAUAUAUAUCCUUUGUUCUUUGCACGAAUUCCUAUGGUUUGAAAAAUUUUAUCUGCCAACCUACCAAAUGACAACAUAAUCAUUUUCCCCUUUCCAAAUUAACGAAGCCUUCUGUGAGUAUAUGCCAAAGUCAGUGCCCUAGAGGUGGAGGAUAGCUUGAGUCUUCCAGAUGCCUUCUAUAUGUGAGGCACUGUGCUAAACACUUAGCAUGAAUUAUCUAAUCUUCAAAAUAGUGCCAUAGGUAGGUUUUAUUACAUUUUACAUAAAAUGUAAAAACUGAGAAUAAAUAUUCUCAGGGUCACAUAGCAAGUGGCAGAAUCACAUAUAUAAAAAGUAUUUGUAUGAAAAUGCACAGAAAAUGAUCUGGGAGAUGACUCCUGGGAGAUGGGAGUUUUUAAAGAAGAAAUUUUCCUUUUUUUUUUUUAUUCACUCUACUUAUUUCUGUAUUGCUUGAAUUUUUAAUACAAGCAUGUAGUACUUUUGUAAUUUUGAAAAAAAAUCCUUUUUCUCAGAAAUAGGAAAAGACAGAAUUUUGGCACUACCAGGCACUUAAUGUAAACCGUUGUAAGGGAUUUUCCUCAGAAUUUAAAGGUUCCAAAGUAGAUUUCAGGGGUGGAAACUAACAUUUAGCAACAUUCACUUGAAAUUUGUAGAACUUAGUAUCUGGUAUGGGAUAGGUAGUCUAAAACGGAUUUCCUUGAACAGCUCAUGAGACAGUUUUCCUGGCACUCCUCUCCAUUUUCUUUCUUUUUUUUAAACUCUGAUUAUUUUUCCUUUUCUACAUUUGUUUAUUUUCAAUAUCUUAUGUGUAUUAUUGGAGCAAACACCUAUUAAAUGUGCUAGGGAUAUCCCUGGGGUAUUUGCCAGUCUCCUUCAGCAACCCAAAGGAAUGAACUCUGCUUGGUAAAUAUGAGCUCUGCUCAUUUAAGUGUGGUCUGGAUAUGAUAAAAUGAAUUGGGUAUUGGAUCAGAGUCUCUUGCUUAUUAAAGCUAAGUAAAUGAUCUUCCAAAUUGCCUUGAGAGACUUGAUCAUUCUUUUGCUGGUAUACAAUGAUAGAAGCUUUUUUUUAAUUGGAAGAAGUGUAUGUGUUUAAAAAAAGGAAUUUUAUCACCUACUUUGGUAUAUAUUUCCAAGCACUCUUCAACUCUGUCCAAACUCUAGCCUCACAAUUAACUCUAUACCUAUUACUAGAUGUACUUCUCUCAGAAGUGAGUGUCUCCUCCCUAGAUCUUAUUGUCACUUUAAAGUAUUUUUUGUUUUGCUUUACUGGGAGUGGAAGCAAUUAUAGGUCCAUCAGGAGGAAGUUGUUCAGUUAUAUGAGGUACAGUGUCAUUUCUACUGUUCUUUUUCUCUCUAGCUUCCCAUUGACCGAGGUGGAGGUGAAGGAAAGGCCAUGUACAUUGACACCGAAGGUACCUUUAGGCCAGAACGGCUGCUAGCAGUGGCUGAGAGAUAUGGCCUCUCUGGCAGUGAUGUCCUGGAUAAUGUAGCAUAUGCUCGAGGGUUCAACACAGACCACCAGACCCAGCUCCUUUAUCAGGCAUCGGCCAUGAUGGUAGAGUCCAGGUAUGCACUGCUAAUUGUAGACAGUGCCACCGCCCUCUACAGAACGGACUAUUCGGGUCGAGGUGAGCUUUCAGCCAGACAGAUGCACUUGGCCAGGUUUCUGCGGAUGCUUUUGCGACUUGCUGAUGAGUUUGGGGUAGCAGUGGUAAUCACCAACCAGGUGGUGGCCCAGGUUGAUGGAGCAGCCAUGUUUGCCGCGGACCCUAAGAAGCCUAUUGGAGGAAACAUCAUUGCUCACGCCUCAACAACAAGACUGUACCUGAGAAAAGGAAGAGGGGAAACCAGAAUCUGCAAAAUCUAUGACUCUCCUUGUCUUCCUGAAGCUGAAGCUAUGUUUGCCAUCAAUGCGGAUGGAGUGGGAGAUGCCAAAGACUGAAUUGUUUUUCCCUUGUGAUAAACCUUAAGCGCUGCAGACUAAUGGAAAGGACUGCUCCCUGGAGUUUUUCACAGGCUUCUUCCUGUUGUGACUGCCAGCAAGAGGCUUUCAGGAAAACAGCUAUUAUAUUGGCUUUUCUUAUGGUGUAAACAUGAGACAGGUCAGUGGUCACAAGCUGACCUGAAUUGUUUAUUCCUUCUAGAGUAUAUUAAUCUCUAUGUGAUUUCUUUGGUUUGGGGGGUAGGUAUGAAAUACCUUUGACAUCAUAGUGCCUUGGGAUUGACUCAGGACUAACUGCUAUUGGCCACUCUUAUGUCUCCAAGAGAACUAACUAAAGCUGGAGAGACCUGACUUCUCUGUCUUAAUAAUGUUAGGAAAAAAUACCUGAGCUAUGUAGCAAAUGGAGUGGGUCGUCUCACAGGUUCUUUUCCCUCCAUCAGUAAAAACUGUUAAAUCAGAAGCAGGUUUUUAAGUUUGUGUGUCUGAAUUAGCUUACGUAAGAAUUUUGUUUUAAUAUUAAGAGCAAUUCAAGAUAAUCAUUUCAGACGCUCUUUAGUAGAUUCGAUGUGGGGCUAUUAAUAAAGUAGUUAUUUGUAGGGAAUGUGCUGUUUAUAGGAGUUACUCUGUACAAGCUGAAUAUUUCAACAUAGGGCCUUCGUAAUACUGUUUUGGCUCUGGAAAGGAAUGAUCAGUUUCUAUUACUUUAAAACUGAAAAUGUAAACGGGAAGUCCCACCUUCAGGUGAUUCACUUUAUUCUCCUUUAAACUCAUAGAAAAUAUCACAAGAUAGCUACUCCAUAGCAUUCCUGUGGCCUUUGUUUCUAUUGAGGUUUGUAUUGUAUAAAUCUGGUACUUGCCCAGAUUAUUCUGCUUUUUAGGGGUUUGAGAUACUCCUUCCCCUUCAUGUCUACUCAGCGUGAGUUUUAAGCAACUCUUCCAAUUUCAAAGGGCCUCUUGGCUAGAAUUGGGUGGAGAGGCAGUGCAAAUCACAGGCUAGUGCCUGUGUUGAUCCUACUGUAUGUAAGGAGAUAGGAGGACAAAAUUUAAUGCAACUUUGUUUUAAAAACAGCUGUUCCCUGACUAUAGACCAGAGUGCCUCCUAAGUCUUCUUCCUUUUUUUUCCAUCACAAAACAAACCUGGAAUGAUGUAAUAAACCCACAGUGACAGACUCUGGAAUGAAAGCUUCAUUCUUAUAUAAAAACAUCUCUAUCUUUUAGACCUAUAACGUAUUUUAAGUGACCU